AUGCAGGAAGUAUUGGUUAGCCUUUUGAUGAUUAGUGUUGCAUUGUCUCAGUUGAUUGAUAUUGGAUAUAGUGAAACAAGAUAUAAUGUUCUUGAUUAUGGUGCAAUUGGAGAUGGCCAAACGGAUGAUUCCGAGGCUUUUGUAAAAGCAUGGAAAGCUGCAUGCGGAACAGCUGAAGCUGGUGACUUAACAACACUCAUUGUACCUCCAGAAACAUUCUCAUUGCAGCCUGUGAUAUUUGCAGGCCCUUGCACUUCUAAGACAAUGCAUUUUGUGGAACAAUCGACGGCCAGGGUUCAGCUUGGUGGAGGAAUGAGAAGAACUGCAAAAGACCAAAGCCCAGGAGCUCAUAUUGGUAUAAACCAGUGCAACAACAUCGAUAUCCACCAUCUUACUAUAAGUGCACCUGAAGAUAGUCCAAACACUGAUGGAAUUGACAUCUCAAACUCUACCCAUGUCAAUAUUCACGACACUUAUAUUGGAACUGGAGCUGACUGUAUAGCUAUCCACACUGGCUCUUCCGAUGUCAACAUUACCAACAUUGCAUGCGGACCAGGCCAUGGAAUUAGUGUGGGAAGCUUAGAAUCGCACGGGGCUUAUGAAGCCGUGGGAAAUAUUUACGUGAAAGGUUCUAGUUUCAACAGAACUCAAAACGGAGCAAGAAUCAGGACAUGGCCGGGAGGAUCUGGGUAUGUCAAGAAUAUAACUUUUGAGGACAUCACACUUACUGCAGCUAAAAACCCCAUCAUCAUCGACCAAUUUGAUUGUGAUGAUAAACACGGUUGCACAAAUAAGACCUUAUCAGCUGUGUCGGUGAGCAAUGUGAGAUACAUUGGUUUUGAAGGAACAUGUGGUAACGAGGAGGCGAUUGUGUUGAACUGCAGCCAGAUUUCAGGCUGUCAAAACAUCGUUAUUGAACAUGUUAGCAUCACCUCUGCGGUUCCUGGGAAGAAGGUUUAUGCAACCUGCAAACAUGCAAAAGGAACUUGCACUGACACUAAUGUGCCCGUAUCUUGCCUCAAGGGAAAUCCAAACUCAAUUGCUCCAUAG